ACAGCUCAGUACAAUAUGCACCGUCAGUUGCUUUGUAUGACUACGUUUCCCAAGGGAACACUUUUGCUCCCUUUAAGCAUCUAUAUAUUGCCCACAUCACCUACUCCCUCUUCAUUUCCUUGCACACAAACCCUUUCUCCUUUUUCACUCACAAAGAUUUGGCUUUCCAGGAAAAUGGCAUUCGCUGGGCUUCUUUUGCUGGGAUUUCUUUCUUUAACUUCAUUCGUUUCUGGUGAUGACGGGGGCUGGGUUGAUGCUCAUGCUACCUUCUAUGGAGGUGGUGAUGCCUCUGGUACAAUGGGUGGGGCUUGUGGGUAUGGAAACCUAUACAGCCAAGGUUAUGGGAAAGACACAGCAGCUUUGAGCACAGCCUUGUUCAACAAUGGCUUGAGCUGUGGAGCCUGUUUUGAAAUAAAAUGUAAGGAUGACCCAAAAUGGUGUCUGCCAGGCUCAAUUGUGGUCACAGCCACCAAUUUCUGCCCACCGAACAACGCCCUCCCUAACAAUGCUGGAGGCUGGUGCAACCCUCCCCAGAAUCAUUUUGAUCUCUCUCAGCCUGUCUUCCAGCGAAUUGCUCGGUUUAGAGCAGGGAUUGUGCCUGUAUCUUAUAGAAGGGUACCAUGCGGAAGGAAAGGAGGAAUCAGAUUCACAAUCAAUGGGCACUCAUACUUCAACCUAGUCCUAAUAACCAACGUUGGAGGUGCUGGUGAUGUUCAUGCAGUUUCAAUAAAAGGGUCAAGAACUGGAUGGCUACCCAUGUCAAGAAACUGGGGUCAAAACUGGCAAAGCAACGCAUUCCUCAACGGACAAUGCCUCUCGUUUAAGGUGACAACUAGUGAUGGCCGCGUUGUAGUCGCUAACGAUGUUGCACCUGCUGGGUGGUCCUUCGGCCAGACCUUCACAGGCCAACAGUUCGCUUAAUUACAUCUGAAAAACCAGACCAACCAAUUGCUGCAUAACUCAGCAAAUCAUACAUGGGGAAGGGUGUUAGUUUUGAUGUCAGAAAAUUUGACAGGGCUUAGUUUACAAUGUGGUCCUUGUCAAUUGUCGUUUCUAGAUUUCAUUGUGAUGUAGGUUUAGUUCUGUUCUGCCAUCUUUGAAAAGGCAGGUAGACAGGAAAUUUAGCAGUGGUGGACAUUUACCACCCGCAAUUUCAUUUUCUUUUUAGUUUCUUUGGUUAUUUGUGGAAAGCAAAUUUGGUCGCUCAUGCAGCCACUAUAACCAGCCUUUUGCUGGUUGCUGGAUGUCCUACAAUGGUGUUGUGACUUCUCCAUCUAUUAGUACUACUAUUAAUAAAACGCGUGCGUACAAUUGGCGCUGUACAA